UGAAAGUAAAUGAACAGAGUUGAUGUUUCUCCAUUUAAACAACCAGGAAUAUCAAUGUGUUUUUAGAGGAACCUUUAUAAAAGAUCUUCCAUCCAGAGUCAGUGUUGGAGAUCAGAUUCUGUUUCAGCUGUUCAGAUUCAUUAUGGAUGACACACAAACAUCCAGAGAUGAUGUUUCUCCAGGAUGCAGUUCAGUUCAUCAGAAGAGAUCAGAACCAGAGUCCAGCUGUGUGUCUAUGAGGAGUGACGGAUCUAUGGAUCGGCCAAUAGAUUUUAAGAGUGGAGAUACACAGACUGAUCUCAGUUCAGUUGAUCAGAAGAGAUCAGAACCAGAGUCCAGCUGUGUGUCUAUGAGGAGUGACGAGUCUAUGGAGCCACCAUUAAAGUUUAAGAGUGGAGAUACACAGACUGAUCUGAGUCAUGAAGUCCUCAACAGGUUUAGAUCAAAUCUGAAGAAGAAGUUUGAGUGUCUGUAUGAGGGAACAGCACAGCAGGGAAACCCAACACUCCUGAAUGAGAUCUACACAGAGCUCUACAUCACAGAGAGUGAGAGUGGAGAGAUCAGUAAUGAGCAUGAGGUGAGACAGAUUGAGACACAAUCCAGGAGAGCAGAAACAGAGGACACACCGAUCAAAUGCAAUGACAUCUUUAGGCCUUUACCUGGACAAGACAAACCCAUCAGAACUGUGCUGACAAAGGGAGUCGCUGGCAUUGGAAAAACAGUCUCUGUGCAGAAGUUCAUCCUGGACUGGGCUGAAGGGAAAGAGAAUCAGGACGUCCAGCUCAUAUUUCCACUUCCUUUCAGAGAGAUCAAUUUGAUGAAGGACAAAACACUCAGUCUUUCUGAUCUUCUUCAUGUCUUUUUUGUUUUCCCUGAAAAAAAAGAAAUGAAAAUAUCCAGUAACAAAUAUAAAGCGUUGUUCAUCUUUGAUGGUCUGGACGAGUGUCGUCUGUCUCUGGAUUUUCAGAGCGAUGUGAGGUUGUGUGAUGUAAGUGAAUCAGCCUCAGUGGACGUGCUGCUGACGAACCUCAUUGUGGGGAAUCUGCUUCCCUCUGCUCUCAUCUGGAUCACCUCCAGACCAGCAGCAGCUGAUCUUGUCCCCUCUGAGUGUGUCCAUCGAGUGACAGAGGUACGAGGCUUCAAUGAGCCACAGAAGGAGGAAUACUUCAGGAAGAGAAUCAGUGAUCAGAGUCUGGCCAAUACAAUCAUCUCACACCUGAAGUCAUCAAGGAGUCUCGACAUCAUGUGCCACAUCCCAGUGUUCUGCUGGAUCUCAGCUGCUGUUCUAGAGAAGAUGUUGAGCGAAGCAGAGAGUGGAGAGAUUCCCAAGACUCUCACUCAAAUGUACACACACUUCCUGAUCCUUCAGACCGACAUCAAACAUGAGAAGGACUAUGAGAAGAACGUGACAGAUGAAGACAUGAUCCUCAAACUGGGGAAAGUGGCUUUUCAGCAGCUUGUGAAAGGCAAUGUGAUCUUCUAUGAGGAAGACCUGAGAGAGUGUGGCAUUGAUGUGACAGAAGCAUCAGUGUACUCAGGAUUGUGCACUCAGAUCUUCAGAGAGGAGUUUGGCUGGUAUCAGGGGAAAGUCUUCUGCUUUGUUCAUCUGAGCGUUCAGGAACAUCUAGCGGCUCUAUAUGUGCACCUCUCCUUCACUAACAACAGCAGAAAUGUGUUUGAUCAGAGUUUGCGGUCUAAAGUUAAGGAGAGGUUUAAACAGAGAGCUGUGAAUGAGGCUCUACAGAGUAAAAAUGGACAUCUGGACCUUUUCCUGCGGUUUCUUCUGGGUCUGUCAGUGGAGUCUCAUCAGAUUCUCCUACAAGGACUAAUGAAACAGAGAAGCAACAGAUCUGACAGCAAUAAGAAAAUAGUUGAGUACAUCAAGAUGAAGAUCAGGACCAUUGACUCUCCAGAGAAAUCCAUCAAUCUGUUCCACUGUCUGAAUGAACUGGGUGAUCAUUUACUAGUGGAGGAAAUACAACAAUAUCUGACAUCUGGAAGAAUAAAUGAAGCCAAACUCUCUUCAUCUCAGUGGUCAGCUGUAGUUUUUGUGUUGUUGACAUCAGAGAAGAAGCUUGACGAGUUUGAUCUCAAGAAGUUUAUUCUAGGAAACAAUAAAGCUAAAGAUAAGAAAGUUUUUCAGAAGCUGCUGCCUGUGAUUAAAGAAUCCAGAUCAGUUCAGUUGUAUAAUUGUGGAGUCACAGAUGAAGGUUGUGCUGCUCUGACUUCAGCUCUGAGAUCAAACCCCUCACAUCUGAGAGAUCUGGAUCUGUCUGGGAAUGAAAUAGGAAAUUCAGUGAAUCUGCUGUCUGAUGUACUACAGGAUCCUCACUGUAAACUGGAGAUACUGCGGUUGAGAGAUUGUGGAGUCACAGAUGAAGGUUGUGCUGCUCUGACUUCAGCUCUGAGAUCAAACCCCUCACACCUGAGAGAACUGGAUCUGUCACUGAAUAAAAUAGGAAAAUCAGUGAAUCUGCUGUCUGAUGUACUACAGGAUCCUCACUGUAAACUGGAGAAACUGUGGUUGAAUAAUUGUGGAGUCACAGAUGAAGGUUGUGCUGCUCUGACUUCAGCUCUGAGAUCAAACCCCUCACACCUGAGAGAACUAAAUCUGUCACUGAAUAAAAUAGGAAAAUCAGUGAAUCUGCUGUCUGAUGUACUACAGGAUCCUCACUGUAAACUGAAGAAACUGCAGUAAGAUCAUAUUUGACUCUCACACAUGAAUCACAAUGUAAAGUAUAUUUAAGGUGUAAAGAGAAAUGAAGAACAUGUUGGAUUCAAUCUUACUGUUCAUCACGUUCAUCUUUCUGCAUUGACACUUUCUAAAGUAUUGUUUUUCAUUUUGUAAAAUCACACACACACUCACUGG